GUGAAUCUGAUUGGUUGAAUCGAGUGAAGACUUUUAGACAAGGAAGUAGUCAAAUAUGUGACAGUACAGUCUCUAGUUUAGAUACUAAAUAAACAUGAUCUCAGGUGCAUUUUAUGCAUUAUUAGCGGGCUUUCUUGGAGCCGUUGCCUCCUCGUCAGCCAAGCUAUCUCUGGGCUCAGACUACCUCAAAGGGAUGUGUAAAACAGGGUUGAAAGCCUGGGCUCAGGAUGGGGACUACAGGAUUAUUCAGGAGGAAACAUCACCCUGCGAAUGGCUCCACAUCCCUCUGCGGCUGCUGUGUGGAGGACUACUGUUCACCAGUAAUGCUGUGAUGUGGACCUUCUUCUCCAAGGCUCUGAGACACUCCUCCUCCUCAGCCCGGGCCACGGUCACCACCACCGCAUCCAACUUUGUAUCCUCUGCAUUCCUUGGGAAGCUGAUCUUUGGUGAGACCCAUGCAGCACUGUGGUGGGUGGGCAUCUCUCUAACUCUCUCAGGUUUACUGGUGCUGCACAGAUCGACUUCUCGACCAGCAGAGGCCAAGAAGGAAGAGUGAAGGACUGUCCACAUGUGGAAUAACAAUACCACUGCAUCAAUCAUCUUACUGUACAUUUACAUUUACGUCAUUUAGCAGACGCUCUUAUCCAGAGCGACUUACAGUUAGUGCAUACA